UCAGACGGUGCAACGGAUCUUCCAUUGCAUACUGGUACGCAAGCGUCGUAAGUACGUAACUGACUUGGCUAAUCGUUAGACACAUCGGCGAUUGAUGCCUAGCGCGUGUGAAUCGGACUCGAAUACGUGGUAAAAAAUGUGUCAACGUUGUUGGGGACAGUGGCACCCCGAACAAGUGAAUUCGACGCGUGCUGCACACGGUCAGCAGGGACAGCCUCGAGGGAGCGAAGAUCACACGAUCUGAGCACUGGUCGCUGGAGCAACGUGCCUGCCAGCAUAAUACUUAACAGUGCAGUCGCGUGACAACAAACGCGGACCAAGUUACAUGGCGAGUUACUCGCGGGGACGUUCCUCUCGACAAUCCGAUGACACAAUGGAUGAUGACAUUGACGACAAAGACGAUACGAAGCGAAAAUCGAGGAAUUUAAGUGAGAAGAAGCGGCGUGAUCAGUUUAACAUGUUGGUAAACGAACUGGGGAGCAUGGUCGGUUCAAAUGCACGAAAGAUGGACAAAUCUACUGUAUUAAAAUCUACGAUAUUAUUUUUAAAAAAUCAUAACGAAAUAGCUGUUAGAUCUAGAGUUCAUGAGAUUCAGGAGGAUUGGAAGCCAUCGUUUCUAUCGAAUGAAGAAUUUACGCACCUGAUAUUAGAGGCUCUGGACGGUUUUAUAAUGGUAUUUUCUUCAAGCGGGCGCAUUUAUUAUGUGUCCGAAAGUGUUACAUCACUACUUGGCUACCUUCCAAAGGAGCUGGAAAAUACGACUAUUUAUGACAUAACUUUCCAAGAGGAUCAAUCACCUCUAUACAACGUUUUAUUGAAUCCUGUCAACACAAGGGACCGGCGAAACGUUAAGAAAGAGGACCAAAUAUCUUUCUCGUGUCAUAUUAAAAGGGGUGGCCGAAAUGUCCAAGAGAAUUCUGUAUACGAGCUUGUGCAGUUUAUCGGAUAUUUCCGGUCUGACGUCGAUUCAGAAGUCGAUAAUUUUCUACCGAACACAAAAUUCGGGACCACAGGGGGAAUGGACACGAAGUUGGUUUUCGUCGGUACGGGACGACUGCAAACGCCUCAGUUGAUCCGCGAGUUAUCAGUGAUGGACAACACCAAAUCGGAAUUCACUUCUAGACACAGCCUUGAAUGGAAAUUUCUGUUCCUUGAUCAUCGAGCGCCUCCCAUUAUCGGGUACCUUCCGUUCGAAGUUCUUGGUACUUCCGGUUACGAUUAUUAUCACGUGGAUGAUUUAGACAAAGUCGUCAUGUGCCAUGAAUCGCUGAUGCAAAAAGGAGAAGGGACUUCGUGCUACUAUAGAUUUCUGACGAAAGGCCAACAAUGGAUAUGGUUGCAAACGAGAUUUUACAUUACCUACAAUCAGUGGAACUCGAAGCCUGAGUUCAUCGUCUGCACUCAUUAUGUAGUUAGUUACAUCGACGUGAUCAAAGAAUUGCGGAAGGAGUCAGAAGCUUUUGGAAAAGAUCAAAGCGAGGACGUGCUGAUGGCAGUUAAACAACAACAGGUAACAACAUCUUGCUCAGUACCAUCGACGCAAUGGCCAUCAAAAUCGUCAAAGUCGUCGAAAUCGAUAGCCUCCAACACUAGACCGAGACAUCACGUCGAUGGUUCCGAAAGUUCGUCAAUGUCAGCCUCCAUGCAAAGUUCGCCACACUCCCAAAUAACACACGUGUCACGAUCGAAAUGCACCUCUGCUAACAGUUCGAAAACUCAAAUACCUCAGAUCGAUAGUAGAUCGCAGCAGCAACAGCAGUCGCAGCAAUCCCAGUUAGAGGUUGAUCAGAGUUGCAUCAACUUUAUGGAACAGACACAAUAUGCAACGGUUAAUCUGCAACCUGUGGUUACCACUGGUUUUGCUGCACCUGCCGGACCAAUUCUGUCGACCGUUCCUACUCACGAGAUGUUACAUCAGCAAGGUAUCGUAAUGACACCGCAACAGAAUCAAAUUCAAGACGAACUGCAACGUAAACACGAGGAGCUGCAACAGCUGAUAGUGCACCAGCAAGAAGAGCUUAGGAGAGUUUCCGAACAACUAUUUAUCGCUCGAUAUGGAAUUCUGUCGCCGUUGCUGAAUGCGGGCAUGUCGUACAACGCGACGAACGCGUGUCAACAGAUGAACCGCUGUAACUCGAAUAACACCACUGUGCAGCUUCCCACAUCGAACAGUGUACAGAGUGUGAACGUUCUUCCACUACCCAUCACUGUUCCAGUGCCUCUGGUACCCACUGAAUUAUUCUCCCACUCUUUGCCAGUCAGUCCAGUGCAAACAGUGUCGACCACGGUUCCGGGGAACGUGGCUACGAUGAUCCAAACGUCGCAGCAAUUGCAGCAUCAACAACAGCCGCAACGGCCACCGCAGCCGCAACCGCAACCUCAACCGCAAACCCAAUCGCAAGGACCAACGCAGCAGAAUGGUAAUCCCUCUGAUCUCGUGCCUUUCCACAUCUGUCCUCAUCAAGCGAACAUACUGUACAAUGACAUGGAACCACCAUCGAAUCAACAGCAAGGCCCAUCCCAGAAUUGAACUUUCGAUACGCCGAACGCUUUUUAUCCCGCAACUUUAAUUCCGCAGGGGAGCCAAUCGCAAGGAAUUGGGAACCCCACGAUCGAAGUUACGCGGUUACGUAGUUCUGUUCGAAAAUGGCUAGAUCGAUUUCGGUUGUGCAGAAAGGGUACUACUGGCAUAACGGAAAUUGGACGGGCUUUGUCGAUGUUUGAUUUCAUUAGCGGAAUUAUUCAUUGUUGCGCGUAACAGAAACUUCAUCUGCAUCAUCGUUAGCACAGCCAGCAAUUUCGUCACCGACGGAAGAAAAAUACGCGACGACUUCGUGUAACGUAUGAUGCGCAUCGAAAUAGAAUGCGAUGGACAAAUAUCAUUCCAACGCUGGAGCUUGCCAAUUAAUUUUAAGUUCUAAAAAUGAAAUUGUUUCACUCUUAUUCAGAAAGUGAUACAAACGCAUAGUGAUCAGCUUCGAAUUUAACACAUAGUGCGACUAUUUUGUACCUCGGAUAGGUAUCUGGGAUCAUCGGAGAGCAUGGAAAACGUUUAAACUCAAAUUCGUAUUUCCGCCAAUUAAAUCAGCGUGAGAUUUUUGUAAGUCUUGCAUCGCUGGGAUAGAUGUCCCGUACAUCGACUGAUCAAUAUUUUAUAGAGUUAUUCCGUUCUUAUAUGCAACGAGUAAUUGCAACGGGUGAUUGCAACGAAUAAUUUCUCAUUUACGAUUAUUAUCGGACCGUAGAUAUUUACGCAAAAUAGAAAUCGUUUGCAUCGAUUGUACAGAGAACACGUUAAACAGAGAUAUGUAUUUUUUCUGUUGAUUGUUUCGAUAAAUUGAAAAUAGUGUAGCAAGAUUCUGAAAUACUUCCGAUGCCUUCGUUGCGCCGCGUUUCACUUGAUCUUUUUGCCAUAAAUGCAUAAAAUCCGCAGUCGUAUUCAUACAGAUAAUAUGAUUUCUACAAAAUCACCGAAAUCGUACAAAAGUCCGUUCCUAUGAUAGAUUUGGUUAAAAAAAGAAGCUAUUCCACGGUUACACAGGGUCUCUUUGAGUGACAGUCGCGCAUAUAUUUGUGGCUAUAAGGAAAAACGCUGCGAGUCACAAUUACAAAAAGUUUAAUUAAUUCGACUGCAUUAAUUUAACUGUGGCAUGUAAGAUUUACGUAAUUAUCGGAGAAAACAUCUCGAAAACAAAUCUUGUAGACUCAAAAAAUUUAUGCAAUGCAAAGCAUGCGACUUCGCGGCGUUCUUCCUUGCAGCCACAGAUAUGCGAUGAAUGAAAGCCAUUCGUGAAAGCGCGCCAAAGAGGAAAGAAAAGAUAUAUCAUUGAAAGUGUAUUGCGGAAGAUUUUCGAACAAUACUAUUUAUCGUUAAUUGUUGUGAUUAGUAACAUAACGAAGCUGAGAAACAGUUUCUUACCUACAAUAACAUUGAGGAUGAAAGAAGUGUAAUGAUUAUUGUAAUAAUAUAUGAAUGUUACGCGCCGACUGACCACAAUUUAGAACAGCCCACGGUUGAUCGUUUGCUGGAGAGAACCUUUAGAUUUGGACGAAGGCGUUUCAGACAGCGGGGUCAAGUAAUAACAAUAAAAAUCUUGAACCAAAUA